UCAACCAUAAAGUGACUUAACGACGAAACCAAAAUAAACCCAAAAAAUUGUUGAAAUACUAGAAGCGAAAAUAUAAUUCGUUUACAAAAACAAUUCAAGUGAAACGGCUCAAAAAAAGUGUUAAAAACCUUUUUGCUGAAAUAUAGACUUUUCCAAAAGUGCUUUCUAACCAAAAAUUACUCAUCAUGCAAUACCAAAGUGCCUACAACAACAAACGUGCAUCGCCAAUGCGUUUCGCCUUCAGCAUAGUCUACGCACUCUCACUCUUUGCGUUACUUGUGCACAUCACACCCACCGCGGAGGCGCGUCCCAUGGAUCUUUACGACGAUGUCGGCGAUUUCUUUGAUGCCGUCUCACUAGACGAUGUGCCCGUGUCUGGCCGCUCAGCACCGGAGACCUUCUGUCGCAUGCCCAUACGCAAAGGUGUCUGCCGCGCGCUCAUACCGCGUUUCAGCUACGAUCCCAGUCGCAAGACCUGUGUGGAGUUCAAAUUUGGCGGCUGUGAUGGCAAUGAGAAUAACUUUUCCAGCUAUGAGGCGUGUAUGGCCACCUGUGAGGGCAUGUAAAGGGGUACGUGUUUUUGUGCAGGCGCCACUGAAGUGCAAAAUGUUCCUCAUACGCUCUGAAAUCGCCAAUUGUAGGCUUCAAGCAUCGUCACAUCCCAUCGCAUCAACACCACCAACAACAUCUGCAGCAGCUGUUAUAAUUCAUUGAGCUAAAUGAAAGUGGUCAAGCAUCCUUUUUUGGCGCUUCCAUUCGAUAGUGUUCAUGGCAUUUAUUUACUUUGGUAGUUUUUAAGAUAUUUUUUAAAUUUUAUUCGUACAUUUUCUAUGCACCAACGCACAUCCCUCCAUUGGCUUCGAAAUGAAAUUCACGGCAAUUUUAUUUUUUUUGUGAUAAAUUUUGGUUAAUAGCUUUUAAGUAUGUCAUUUAACGAAGGAAUAUAAUAUUAUUAAG